UCGCCCCGUGCGAAACUAUCCGUGCACCACUGUCUGCCGCUGCGGCAACGAGCGACAACAGCUGUUAUUACGCUUCAGUCGUAUACUUUUUGUUUUCAUUUUGAUUAAAGCAUAUUCCGAUGAUUAAACCAGUCGAGUAGCAGUGGAGAGUAGCAGUGAGAAAACCGCAGGAGUCGAGUGCUGAAAAAGCAAACAAAUAGACAAGUUAAAGCGAAAAGCCAUUGCAAUCAUCCAGUGCGUGGUAAACAAAUGAAAACUGUAUGCGUCUGAGCCUCGGAUUUCCAAUAUAGUUUAUUUAAAAAGACGCCAACGCCAGCAGAAAGCAAAAAAUUAUACAUACGACGACUAAUCGUUGACGAGGCGCAGCAGCAGAAACAGCGAGGGCGUAAGCGACAGCUACGAAAUGUAUACAAUAGUGACGUUGAGUUGCUAUUGGAACGGCCGGCUGCAGACGCGUUAGGGACUUAGACUCCUCUUCCUUCUCCUACUCCUCCAUUUCGAGCAUUUGGGCACUCCGACUGAGCGUGCCAGUGUAUGCGGGGGCGUGGGCUAAAGAUAAUCAUCGGGGUGGCAGCAACUGGAGUGCAGCAGCAACAGCAUCAGCGGCGUUUACAAGUGCUCGGGACACCUUUUAGUAAACGGAAAACAUCACCAAUAUGUCUUAUAUGACCACAAGGCACGCAACCAGCCUCAAUCUGGACCUUGCGCUCGGCAGCCGUGAGUUGCAUUUGCGCAGUCAUCAGGCAAGCAUUUUUCGACAGCGUCUGCAUGUGGCUCAGAAUCUCUACCAACGCAAUAUGACGGCACAUUAUGGCUGCGUGAAUGCGUUGGAAUUCAGCAAUGGUGGGCAGUAUUUGGCCUCAGGCGGGGAUGAUCGCCGGGUUCUGCUAUGGCACGUAGAUCAGGCGCUAGCCAAUGUGGGUGAGCCGCGGGUCAUGUGUGGCGAACAUGCUAGCAAUAUUUUUUGCCUGGGUUUUGAUACGCACAACUCCUAUGUGUUUUCUGGGGGCAACGAUGAUCUGGUCAUACAGCAUGACCUUUCCACUGGCAAAAGUGUUAACAUAUUCUCACAUGAUGGACCCGUUUAUGGCCUCAGUGUCGACAAGACCAGCUCUAAUUUGAUCAGUGUAGCCACAGAGGAUGGUGAAAUCUUGGUAUAUGAUUUGCGUGUGGGGGAGAAUGACCCUCUGACCAUUGCCAAAUUUUCCGCACCCUUCAACGCUGUCGAAUUUCACCCACUAAAUGGAAACUUCCUGGCUACAGCCAAUGCAAAGCGUGGCGCCAUGCUCUGGGACAUACGCCACCACACCCAACCGCUUUACCAGUACAAUUUUAUACCAGAAUCCCCAAGCUGUAUGAGCGUCCGCUUUAAUUGUAAUGGCUCCUUGCUGCUGACACUGCAUCGCCGAUUACCACCUAUUUUAUUUAGUCCUAACUCAACGGAGCCACUGUGUACUUUCUAUCACCAUGAAUAUUUUAACUCGUGCACAAUGAAAAGCUGCACCUUUGCUGGACCGGAAGAUGAGCUGGUGGUAUCGGGCUCGGAUAAUUUUAAUAUGUUUAUUUGGCGACUCGAUGGCGUAGACAUGGAGCAAAAGGAUCAAUGGAUAGAUACUGCCCCAAUAAUACUUUCUGGUCAUCGUUCAAUCGUUAAUCAGGUGCGAUAUAAUCGUCAGCGCUGCCUACUAGCAUCCUCCGGUGUAGAGAAAAUAAUUAAGCUCUGGAGCCCAUUUGCGCAAGCGGGAUGGCAGGGCUCCUUGCUGCAGAAGUCCGCUACACCAUACUGCAAUCGCACACUACACCGUAAUGCUACAAACCACGUGUCACAGGACUUCAGUGCGCGCAAUACAGACGAAGACGCCGUCAUGCUUGCCUUCUUUGAUACGCUGGUACAGCGGGAACUAGAGGUUUGGCAGACACCCAGUGCCAGUGGCCAAAGCAGUAGCGAAAGCUUGGCCACCUCCACAGAGAGUGACAGCAGCUCGCAAUCUGAGGACACGCCCAACGUCAGCGAGCUCAGUUGGCAGGCGCAUCCAAACCGCAUUUUCUAUCUGAUAGCAAAAAAACGGCGUGCUCUAUUGCAUCUUGCGCUUAAAUCCGCCAGCACGGGUGGCCAUCUACCGCUGCGCGUCCGUGCCAAAUCGCCGGUGACUACAGCAAAUGUGGAGCAGCUGUUGGGCAGCCUCCUGGGGGGAAGCAGGCACUCGGCCAUGCAAGCACGUGUCAGUGACUGGCUGGAGCAAACACAUCGACUUAUUGGCGAUGAUGAAAUGCCAACUACGUCUGCGGAAGCGGCGGCGCGCGAACGCUCUCGAAGGGCGCUGUGGAUCGAGGAGCGGGAGGACCAGGAUGCCCCAUCGUCGACUACUAACAGUUCCAAUAAAACGCGCACGUUCCAAAUGAUUGGCUCUGUGCAGGCUAGCUUUGAACAGAUGGAACGAAAACGCAAACUUAUGCACUUGCGCUUUGCCGCCGCCUUGAAGAGACGACGCACCGCACGACGCAGUGACCGGGACGAGGAUAGUGUUAUUGCCUACGAAUCGGACUGGUUAGAUGAUGAUGACGAUGACGACGUCGAAGAUAAUGGCGAUGAUGGUGAAGGGGAAGCUCGUGAAACUGAAGCAGACGACACAUCCACAAACUCAUCGUCCACAGAGCAGCUAUCAGAAGCGCCGAGCUCUUCGUCUGCCCUCUGUUGUAUUACUGAUCAGGAAACUAACAACAAUAGUCAAAUGACUACUAAUAAUAACAGCGCUGUCGCUACUAAGCCUAUUAAUGGACUGGACAUGCCUGCGGUCUAUAAUGGUGAGAGCGGCACGGCCGAACCCGCCGGCAGCAGCAAAUCCAAAAUGUAAAGUGCUGAAGCCCUCGUGCACACGCUACCGGUGUUCCUAGUACACACACAUAUACCCAUUUGUUACCACUAUCAGCCAAAAUCAAGGGACAAUCACACUCGCUUUCCAUAUAAAAGUACAACCCAAGGUUUAAAAUUGACUGGUAGAUACCCUUAAAUGAUUUAGAGCCGUUACAAUUUCAUUAAAACCCACAACUAUCCAUAUGUAUAGUAUAUGUUUUACGUUUGAUAUCAAAACAGCUUUCGAUAAAACAGAAUAUUUACUACAUCUUUGAUGAAGCAUUUUUUGAAAAAGCGAUUGCAAUUCAUUCAAAACUAUGAAAAUGUUAAG